AUGCCGCUGGGCCUGAAGGCCACCUGCAGCGUUUGCAAGACCACGUCGUCCUCGAUGUGGAAGAAGGGCCCGCAGGGGGAGAUCCUCUGUCACCACUGCACAGGCCGGGGCGGCGCGGGCGGCGCGGGCACCGGUUCGGGGGCGGCUGGUGGGACGUGGGGCGGCGGUGGCGGCAGCGGCUUUGGCGCGGCGGCCUUCGCCAGCACCUUGGCCGCCCCUCCGCAGAGCAGCGGGGGCGGGGGCGGCAAGCAGAGUAAGCAGGAAAUUCACCUGAGGUCUGAUCGGCUCAGAAAUACUAAGUACAAGUCUGCUCCAGCCGCUGAAAAGAAAAUUUCCACCAAAGGAAAAGGGAGAAGACAUAUUUUUAAGUUAAAAAAUCCCAUCAAAGCUCCAGAAUCAGUUUCCACAAUAAUCACUGCAGAAACAAUCUUCUACAAGGGAGUAUAUUACCAAAUUGGAGAUGUUGUGUCCGUGAUUGAUGAACAGGAUGGAAAGCCUUACUAUGCACAGAUCAGAGGUUUUAUUCAGGAUCAAUAUUGUGAGAAAAGUGCAGCAGUAAUGUGGCUCGUUCCCACUCUCUCUAGCCCCAGAUACCAAUUUGAUCCCGCAUCAUAUGUCAUAGGACCAGAGGAAGAUCUUCCAAGGAAGAUGGAAUAUUUGGAAUGUGUCUGUCAUGCACCUUCUGAAUAUUUCAAGUCACGAUCUUCACCAUUUCCCACUGUGCCCACCAGACCAGAGAAAGGCUAUAUAUGGACACAUGUCGGACCUACACCCGCAAUAACUAUUAAGGAAAGUGUUGCCAAUCAUUUGUGGCUUUAA